CAGAGAGCGCCGCGACCCGAGCCGGAAGCGAUGGAGAUUUUACCAGGGGAUUCCAUGACCACAUGCCUUUCUCCUUUAGUGCAUGACUUGAUUUGUAACCUUGGGUUUGAACUCAAAGAAAUUUGUGAUAUCAAUAGCAUUGUAACUCAAAAUGGUGAAGUACGAUGGAAAGCAAUUACUGACCGUGUGAGAUAUGAAGAAUUAGGGCGAAGUCUGGACUACAGGAGAAGUGUGCAGCAGCUGGGUCCGGUGUGUGAGGCCAUCCACCUACACAUCUCAGCUCUGACCAGGGCUCAGUUUGAAAUUCAGUAUUCGCCUUGGUACCAGUGGACAACUUAUCCAGAGUUGUUUCUUGAGAUACUUGAUGCCUUGCAAAGCUCGCAGCCUGCUGCCGUCUCCCUCGGCGUGAUGAAACUAGCUUCCUGUCUGGAGCGAGCCCUCGGCGACGUAUUUUUACUGGUUGGGAAAGAGUGCCCCUUUCUCCUAAGAGAUCUUCUUGCAUCUGCAGAGCUUGCACAAGUCUUUGGACAUGCUGUGAUGGACAUACUAAAAGUCUUCAUCGGGUCUCCCUGCGGACUCAACCUGAGAAACGUCUUGUGGCAUGGCUUUGCUUCCCCUCAAGAUAUUCCUCCAAAAUACUGUUCAGCCAUGUUGCUGUUGACGGCAGGACUGGGCCAGUUACUGAAGAGUUACCUUCACCACACAAAGGUCACCUUGGCACAUCGACCUUUUGUAACACUCACAAACUUAGAGGAUGUGAUUGUUUUUCCUGGUGUGACUUAUGAGGUACUGUCAGCAUUAGAGACAGUGAUGACAAAAUCCAACUUCCUAUUAAAAAUCAUGUUGCCAUAUUGGGAAAUGGCAGUGAGCAAGUUCAAGUCGCACAGGUUUGCCGACUACACCAUGUUGUUGCUGUCACAGCUAGAAGCUGGACUCAGGAGACUGUUUGCUGCAGUUAACAAGUGUCCUGAUAGACUGCUCACAGCCGAGUCAACAAUUCUAUAUACCACGUUUGAUGAAAUACUGGCAAAACACAUGAGUGAUGGUAGCAUGAACCAGCUUCCUUGUUUCCUUGGAGAGCCUGCCAUGGAAUUCUUGUGGGAUUUCCUGAACUAUCAGGAGGGUCCUCGUAUCCGGGAUCAUUUAAGCCAUGGGGAGAUCAACAUACGUGAAUUUCCAGAAGAGGCCGCAGGCCAGCUGCUCACAUUCUCCCUGGUGCUGCUGCUCAGAUUCACUGAGAAGGGGACAGUGUCAGAACUGAAGGUACCACAGAGGGAGGGAGGAGGGUGGCUGGCGGAAUGUACUACCACCAGCAAGGGAAGAGCAUGUCUUAUUUCUCAAAUUUGAUUUAUCUUAAUUUGAGUUACAGUACCCUGUCAGAAUAUAUGCAUGUGUACAUUCUCUAAAAGUCUGGGUUCUGAAGCUGAAAUAAUUUGUCUUUGAAAUGCCUUUUUGGCUCUGUUCUUAAUAGCAGUGUCAGUGUUAAAAACCAAAGAGUAAGUUACGCAACAUGGUUGGCCAAGUGUGGGAGACGCCCACAGUGCCUGCUAAACUGAUGGAGCAGGAUAGUUAUAGUUUUGAAACUAAUGAUUUUGUUGUUUUAAAGUAAAUAGCUUCAGCUGUAGUAGUGUAGGUGGGACUUUUGUUUUCAGUUUAGAUGCAUGACAGUUAAAAGAACCUAGUGGGGAAACCCCACUCAAUUCCCAAUUCGGUGUGCACCCAAGAAUCACGAACAGAACAGAAUGCCUUGAUGUAAAAACAUGAGGUAGUUUAAUGGCGGAGCUCUGGGUCGAAAUGUAUCUCACACAGGAGACAGUGGUUUCGACCACAAGGCUUGGAAACUAGGGGUUUUUAAAGAAAAGGGGCUGGGGCUGGGGGAGGAAUUGGCGCGGUUUCACAUGAUUGGUCCAUUUAAACACCAGCAGACUGUACUUAACUUAGGUCAGAAGGGGGGGAGAUAGGGAGGCGCGGGGCCAGCCCAGACAGGUAUGGCCAAGCAGCCUCAGGAAUGUCUUAACGACGGGCCUGCCCGGGCAUGUUCUGCUAUGUUCUCAGCCCUAGGUUUCAAAGCUCACAAACAACUCUUUGGGCUAUUUGACAUAAAUUACAUGAAUCACAGG